UCUUCUCAACUGUUUUCUCUUCCCUACAUCCUCCAACCAAGCCAAUUCCUCUAAGAGCAUGAUUCUACUAAUUAUGCAAUAUUGCUCACUGAUCUGUUUGCUUUUCUUAUUCUCCAAGCUCUAUAGCUUCUGUCUUCUCCAAUUAUCCUCUUUUUGCUCCCCUCGUCUCUUUCCUUUUUGCUUUGCUCCUUCGAGAAGUAUAGGGUUGUUGGAUGAUGGGGUUGUUGAGUGCUCUCAAAUUCUAACUUCCCUUCAUACAUACUCCCAAAAAUUAGAGACUCCCCCUCUCUCAUUAAUUGUCCCUUUCAAUAGUGACACACCUCUUAUGUACCAGAAAUGUUCUUUCAGAGGUUUCACCUUAUAAUGCAACACGGACCGUGUUCCUUCAACUGCUACAUAAAUUUCAAUGUUUCUUCUUGAAUUGGGCUCGGGUGAGCUGUUUAGUUGUUCUCACCUCUCCCCUUCAUUUCCUUCUGUGGGUAUUCUGUUCUACUGAUGAUAUUGAACUUUCGCCAUGUUUUGAUUCCCCGUGUAGUGUACGUGUUAGUUUAAUGCUCGCAUCUCCUUGAGGGAGUUAAAAGGAAGACCAGCCAUGCCUUUCAAUAUCGUUUCGGUGUGGAGCAAGAGGAGGAGAAGCAAGUCACAUGACACUGUUGAUCCUUGGAUAUACAAGCCGAUGGAGUCUUGGCAGCUCAGAGAUCAAAAUACUCAGUCCAAAAGACGCAAUUGUUCGUUGGUGUUCACCCUUAAGGAAAUGGAGGAGGCAACAUGCUCAUUUAAUGAGGAGAAUUUGGUUGGAAAAGGAGGAUUUGGCCGGGUGUAUAAAGGGACCCUAAAGAAUGGAGAGGUUGUCGCGGUAAAGAAAAUGGAGCUACCACCAUCAAAGCAAGCUGAUGGAGAGCGUGAAUUCCGUGUGGAAGUAGACAUCUUGAGCAGACUUGACCAUCCAAAUCUCGUCACCCUGAUUGGCUAUUGCGCUGAUGGGAAAAAUAGAUUCUUAGUCUAUGAAUUUAUGCGCAAUGGAAACCUACAAGAUCUUCUAAAUGGUAUUCGUGAUGUGAAGAUGGACUGGCCUUUGAGACUGAGAGUGGCAAUGGGGGCAGCAAGGGGACUUGCUUAUCUCCAUUCCAGUUCAGAUAUCGGUAUUCCUAUAGUACACAGAGACUUCAAAUCCACCAAUAUUCUCUUGAGUGAACACUUGGAAGCAAAGAUAUCAGAUUUCGGUCUUGCUAAGUUGAUGCCAGAAGAUGAGGACAUAUAUGCUACCACAAGAGUGUUAGGUACUUUUGGCUACUUUGAUCCUGAGUAUGCAUUGACAGGGAAGCUCACACUACAAAGUGAUGUCUACGCGUUUGGAGUAGUCCUACUAGAACUGUUAACAGGCCGUCAUGCUUUGGAGUUGAACCAAGGUCCUGCGGAUCAAAAUGUUAUACUUCAGGUUCGAAAUAUAUUAAACGACAGGAAAAAGCUACGGAAAGUUAUUGACCCUGAAAUGGCAAAGAGUUCAUACACCAUGGAAUCAAUCACCAUGUUUGCGAACCUUGCAUCGCGUUGUGUUCGGAUUGAGGGCAGUUCGAGGCCAUCAAUGGCAGAAUGUGUGAAGGAACUGCAGCUCAUUUUGUACAUCAAUAUGAACGCUUAGUGACUCAACUACCCACAUGAUUGAUGAUGAAAUGGAGGGAGUUUUUUUUAAUGGAAAAAUAUUGAGAACCUAUGUAUUUAAUUUAUUCUUCGAUGAAAAUACACUGAGUUCGUUUAAAUGAGCUGGACGAACAUCAUCCAGUUGAAGUAAUUUUUAUCAUAUU